AUGUCUGAAAAGAAUAAAUAUGAAGCCUUUGUUGAAUAUCAGAAACUAUAUGAGACGGGCUUUACUAAAGAAAUAUACAAAAAAUCAGCCAAAGAUAUCAAAGAUAUCCAGAGAAAGUUAGAAUGUUCUUCGAAUCUUGCUGAAGGAAAUGACUUAAAUGAACAAAACAUUCUUAGAUA